UAAACGUUUGAUUCUUCGAAACAAUGAAUUAACGAAACAAUUGCUUUUACGAUAAGAAUAUUGAAGUAGUUCACGUAGGAUUUACAAAAUAUGGAAUCUACAAAAGAAAAUGAAACAGAAGAAUUUAAAUGCAAAUCUUGCGACGAAGAAUUUGAAAACGAAUCAAAAUUGAAACUUCAUUCCAUGACUCAUAAAACGAAGAAAAAGGAUUCGAAUCAAAGUGACUCUCAGAAAGAAUGCAGGAGAUUAUCUUUGAAGCAAAAGCCAUUCCGCUGCAAUGUAUGCAAUUAUAGUUGCUGGUUGAAACGUAAAUUGGAUUUACAUCAACAAAUUCAUAGAGAAAAUGCUCCAUCGACUUCUGAAGAAAUUUCAAAAGAGUGUGAAGGGAAAAUAUGCAUUUGUAAGUUCUGCAAAAAGAAAUUUAAAGAAAACAGUGAAUUGAUGACUCAUCUGAAGACUCAUGUUGAAGAAAUUGCUUGUAUUUGUGAAAAAUGUGGGAAGAAUUUUAUUAAGAAAAUUUAUUUAGAUAAGGAGGAAAAGAUGGAUUUAACAGAAAAACAAUUGAGAUGUAAAAAUUGUAUUUCUGUUUCUAUACAAAUGGACGAGAAGGUUAAAAAUAACAAGGAAAUUCGCAAAAGAUAUCUUCAAAAAUACUUCAAGAACAAAUAAACAAACAGAAUCUUUUAAUAUUUUUAAUGAAAAACGCUUCACGAGAAAUGGGACAAGAUGAAUGUAACUGAUAACAUUCUACAGUUGGGCCAGUUUUAUACCCAAAA